AUGGUACUAACUGACAACGACUCAAAUAAAUCAUCUUUCCGUAAAUCUGAGGAGACUUUAUAUGCGACAAAUGAAGAGUCAUGUGUGAUAAACUGUGACCAGAAAAUACAUAAAAAUUUCGUCAACAUUUCGAAAUAUGACAAACGUGUGAUUGUGUUCUCUAUCAUACUCAUUAUAAUUGCAAUAAUCAUCGUUAUAGCCCCACACUUCUUUGGGUCGCACGACUUGAAUCCGGUUGUUCACUUUAUAAUGACUAUGGUGUUUUGCGUGUUAGCCAUAGUCAGUGGAUAUCUUAUCGUAAUUUCUACAUAUUUCAGAGAAAAACUGAUUAUUGCUUUAAUUACUCUUCUCAUUUAUGGAAUAUGUUGCUCUAUUUGUCUGUCCAUUUUCUUUACCAGUGCUACACUUGUGGAUGUUAUUCUGGGUUGGGUUGCAGCUGUUGUCAUAUGUGCAUGUGGAGUAUUUUUAGGGGCAAUGAUAAAGAAAGAUUUGAUUGAGAAAUUCGGCGCCUUCCUGGUGGUGUAUGUUGUGAUUUUUGUUCUGACAGGUAUCGCCAUGGGAGUACUAAUUGCUUUCAAAAAAGUCAUGGUUGCUGUUAUCAUCGCUGGAAUAGGAAUGUUUAUUGAAGCAUUUCUGGUGAGUAAAUUAUUCUAA